CCAAGCUGUUGUUCACAAGGCUCGUCAGCCUCGGGUUAGCUGAUUCCAAUCAUGAAGGCACUGUGCGAGGUCUUCGGUCUUGCUACCCCGAGGUUGGGAUACAUUCCUGCUUCACUAGCAGGGCUUUCCAUUUGCGCGGCGCCACCUCGUAACACGCUUCUUAGUCGCCUGCAUAUACCCCGGUCUCUCACUCAUCUUUGUCUCGUUCGAUGACUCGCGCGAUUAACAUCCCCAUCCCCGACCAUAAGCUGGAGCCUCCGCAGCGGCAAAGUCAAGUCGUGCAGGAUCCACCGCUGAAAUAGUCUUAAUCCUCUGAAUCGCUCUCUCUCUUUCUCUCGACCAAAGCUGACAGCAUGGCCAGCGAGCAGAUCAGUCCAGUUCGCCCUACUCAGAACCCAGGCAAAGAGACCAAGACUAUGGCUCAAGAAAAAGAAUCAAUAUCAUCCACACCUCCCGCUACGCACAAUGAAGACCUCCAUCACAAUCACCUUCACCCCCACGAGUAUCGACACACCACUGUAGACGGACAACCAGCAUUCGCUGAACAUGGUGCUCUCGUCGACCACAAAGUCCCUCAAGAGGACCUCGUGCAAUCAGAACCUGACCUUCUCUGGAGCAGGGUCCGCCAUUUCUGCCGCGAGCCAUUCUCGGAGUUCUUUGGUGUCUUUAUACUGAUUCUGUUUGGAGACGGAGUGGUUGCUCAGGUCGUUCUUAGCAACUCUACGAAGGGCGACUAUCAGUCCAUCUCAUGGGGCUGGGGCCUCGGAGUCAUGCUCGGUGUGUAUACAAGCGGUAUAUCAGGAGCACAUAUCAAUCCUGCGGUGACUUUUGCCAAUUGCGUUUACCGGAAGUUUCCCUGGCGUAAAUUUCCUGUAUAUAUGCUGGCUCAAGUCCUUGGGGCCAUGUGUGCUUCUGGAGUGGUAUACGCGAACUACAAAUCGGCCAUUGACGUCUUUGAAGGCGGACCGAACAUCAGAACAGUUCCUGGAUACUCUGAAACAGCAUCAGCAGGAAUAUUCUGCACUUACCCAGCCGAGUUCAUGACAAAGACCGGACAAUUCUUCUCCGAAUUUAUUGCCAGCACAAUCUUGAUGUUCCUCAUCUAUGCUCUUAAGGAUGAUGCUAAUCUGGGAGCCGGAAAUCUUGUCCCACUGGGAUUGUUCUUCGUCAUCUUUGGCAUCGGUGCUUGCUUCGGCUGGGAGACGGGUUAUGCCAUAAACCUUGCGCGAGAUUUCGGUCCCAGACUCAUGUCGUACAUGCUAGGGUAUGGUAUGAAUGUCUGGCGUGCUGGUGACUACUAUUUUUGGGUUCCCAUGGUGGCGCCCUUUUUUGGCUGUACAUUCGGAGGCUUCUUGUAUGAUGUGUUCCUAUUCACUGGUGAAUCGCCUAUCAAUACCGAAGCUCUCGGUUUGGCAAGGCUGCUGCCAAAACGUUGGAACCGGAAGACUUGGUCGAACACUUAUACCUCAUCGGUAUAGAAAAAGCGAAAAUGUUCGAAGGAAACUCACACAGUCGGUGGAAUUAUCGAUGCACGAGAUCAAGAUACAAAAAUCAGUGCUGGUUCCAGCCGGCGCCUGGAUAUAUUUCACCUCAACUUGAUGUUCAUCUCACAUUCUCAACCUCAACAAACCCGACAACUGUAUGAUAAUCUCUUCGAGGUCUUGUAAAACCAAAACAGAAGACUGACGAGGCAAAAUUGAUUUCUCAUAGUGUGUUGAAGUUAGCAGCUGCGUGUGAGCGAGAUUGUAUGUUUGAUAGUAUUUGAGUCUGCAGAUGUAUAGCAACUAUGUGUGAGC